AGCGGACUGCAGAGUCAAGAUGCGCCCGAAGGAGCAGGUGCAGAGCAGUGCGGGGGACGGGACGGGGUCGGGGGACCCAGCAGCAGGCACCCCCACGACCCAGCCUGCAGCGGAUCCCGCUCCGGAGCCCUCGGCAGAGCCCAAACCUGCUCCGGCGCAGGGAACCGGGUCCGGACAGAAAUCAGGAUCCCGAACCAAGGCAGGAGGAAGCUUUUGUAGGUCCAGGAACCGUGGCGACUCGGACGCACCAUGGACCCGCUACAUAUUCCAGGGGCCUUACGGCCCCCGGGCUACUGGCCUGGGCACUGGAAGGGCUGAGGGAAUCUGGAAGACGCCAGCCGCGUACAUCGGCCGAAGGCCCGGCGUGUCCGGCCCUGAGCGCGCGGCGUUUAUUCGAGAGCUGCAGGAAGCACUGUGUCCUAAUCCACUGCCCAGGAAGAAGAUCACCGAAGAUGAUAUCAAAGUGAUGUUGUAUUUGCUGGAAGAGAAAGAACGGGACCUGAACACAGCCGCUCGCAUCGGCCAGUCCCUGGUGAAACAGAAUAGUGUUCUGAUGGAGGAGAAUAACAAGCUGGAAACCAUGCUGGGCUCAGCCAGAGAGGAGAUUUUACAUCUCCGGAAGCAGGUGAACCUGCGAGAUGAUCUCCUUCAGCUCUACUCGGACUCCGAUGACGAUGAGGAGGAUGAAGAGGAUGAGGAAGAGGAAGAGGGAGAAGGGGAGGAACGAGAAGGACAGAGGGACCAAGACCAGCAGCACGACCAUCCCUAUGGUGCCCCCAAGCCGCCCCCUAAGGCUGAGACGCUGCACCACUGCCCACAGCUGGAAGCCCUGAAGCAGAAGCUGAAACUGCUGGAAGAAGAGAACGGCCAUCUUCGAGAGGAGGCCUCCCACCUUGACAACCUGGAAGAUGAAGAACAGAUGCUCAUUCUGGAGUGUGUGGAACAGUUUUCUGAAGCCAGCCAGCAGAUGGCAGAGCUAUCCGAGGUGUUGGUGCUGAGGCUGGAAGGCUAUGAGAGGCAGCAGAAGGAGAUCACCCAGCUGCAGGCCGAGAUCACCAAGCUACAACAGCGUUGUCAGUCUUAUGGGGCCCAGACGGAGAAACUGCAGCAGCAGCUGGCCUCAGAGAAGGGAGUCCACCCAGAGAGCCUGCGAGCCGGCUCCCACAUGCAGGAUUAUGGAAGCAGGCCUCGCGAACGCCAGGAGGAUGGGAAGAGCCAUCGUCAGCGUUCCUCGAUGCCUGCAGGUUCUGUCACCCACUAUGGAUACAGUGUGCCUCUGGAUGCACUUCCGAGUUUCCCAGAGACACUGGCUGAGGAGCUCCGGACAUCCCUGAGGAAGUUCAUCACUGACCCUGCGUAUUUCAUGGAGAGAUGUGACACUCGCUGCAGAGAGGAACGAAAGAAGGAGCAGGGGGCAGUGCCACCCCCACCUGCACAAGAUCUCAAGCCGCCUGAAGAUUUUGAGGCUCCAGAGGAGCUGGUUCCUGAGGAGGAGCUGGGGGCCAUCGAAGAGGUGGGGACAGCUGAGGAUGGGCCGGCAGAAGAGACAGAGCAGGCAUCUGAGGAGACCGAGGCCUGGGAGGAGGUGGAACCGGAGGUGGACGAGGCCACAAGGAUGAAUGUGGUGGUCUCUGCCCUGGAGGCCAGUGGCCUGGGCCCUUCACACCUGGACAUGAAGUAUGUCCUCCAGCAACUGUCCAACUGGCAGGACGCCCAUUCUAAGCGGCAGCAGAAGCAGAAGGUGGUCCCGAAAGACUCCCCAGCCCCGCAGCAGCAAACAAACAUGGGGGGCGGGAUCGUGGAGCAGCAGCCCAUAGUGCCGACCCAGGACUCUCAGAGGCUGGAGGAGGACAGGGCCACUCACUCUCCCAGUGCCAGGGAGGAAGAGGGGCCUUCUGGGGCCACCUAGGCCUGGAACGAAGGCCUCUGCCAGCAAAGGCCACAGUUGGACCAAUCCCCCGGGUGAGUGUGGGGCUCCCGCAGGGUGGUAGGGGCGGGUCAGGGUCUCCUCUGCCUAUCUGGAAACCCCAGUUCCUAUGAGGAGCUGUCCGUGAAAUCAGAUGAUUUAGCAUUGGAUCUCUUUCUGUGUUAGCUCCUUUCGUCUUCUGGCCCUGUGGGUGGGUGGAUGUGAUUGUGCACCAUUUAUUAGAAGAGGAAUCUGAAGUUCAGAGAUCUGAGAUGACUUGGCCAAGGUCAUACAGCUAGGAGCAGAUCUGAGCCAGUGUCUCUUGAGGACUGAAACCCUGGCCUGGUCUCACUGCCGUCCACACCUCCUCCUGCUCCCGUCCUUGAGCUCCACCUGAAGCUUUGGCAGCCUCCUUCGUGUUGGUCGGUCAUUUUUGGGGGGCACCAGUGAGUGGAACAUCACUGGCUGCAGCACAGUCAGAUCGUGCAGGUUGUAAGCUGAGUCAGCACACCCGUGGCUGACCCCGGGAGACCUGAGUAACGGCUAGCGGUGGCUUUCUGUUGUCUCCUGACCCAGCUGACUGGGUUUGAGGGUGGUCUGUCUCCCGGUUCACCCCCUUCUCUUCCUGGCUUUGCUGUUUCUCAGCAGCCUGAAGAAGACCCUCAGACAGCUCGAGACCCCUCCUUCCGCUGCCUGGCCAAGUCCGACCCUUCCUUGCUUUCCUCUGAGACAGGACCCCCACCCCCAUGUCUGUCAGCAGUUCUCCCUCUGUCUUGAUAGAUCUUCCCCCUCUUGUAGGACAGGCUGAAAGAACCCCAGUCCCUCAUUCUGAAACUGGGGCCAAAGCUGUGCCUGCUGGAGCCCCAGGGGGCAGAUUGGUUGGUAACCAGACCCAGCUCUGAGAUGGUGUGAGUGGGCACGUCCCUAGGGUAGGCAGUUAUUGGGGGGACCCUUUCUAUCCCUGAACCUCUCACGUAAAGGGACUUCCCCAGUCCUGGUUGGCUUUUGGAACCUGGUCCUUCUUGCUGUUUUUUACCCUUCCCCGUUUCUAUUACUGCGUGUAACGUACAGUGUAUCUGAGUGAGGGUGGUGGGAGCCCUCUGCCCAGUGCUGUCUCUGUCUCCUGUGGCCUGUGAGUUUCCUUCUAGAGUUCUACUCUUCUCCACCUCUUUGCUCGUACAGAGCUGUGGCCUUGGCGCCUGCCCUGCUUCUGCAGUGCUUCAUUGUCUCGUAGCUUGUCAGCUUUUGUAUUGAUGUAUGUGCCAAUGUGGGAAAUAAAGACCUUGUGAGAAACCU